GUGCUUUCACACAUACGCCUUUUGGUCCGCUUAAAGCGGACUGGAGUCCGCAACACCAGCAAGUACGGUUUGUUUGGGCUGGUGUGAAAGCAGACCAGAUGUUUUUGGUGCGGACUAAAGAACCGGACCGAGACCACUUUCGAGAGGUGGUCUCGGUCCGGUUCUAUGUGAACUCCAGUUCGGUUCGCUCCUGGUGAGAACACAAACCUGUCUCCAUUCGGACCGGCUGAAUGGCGCAGCAGACUUUUUGGUCUACGGGAGCUUCCAUAGCUACCUGCACAGGGAAUUUUGGGAGGCGUCAACUCGCGCUCGAUGAACCACAUUCUCCACACGAGUUUGACCGGGAGCCUGCGUUUACGAUGAACAGGGGACAGACUUGGUCUAAAGAGGAGGUACAGUGCCUCAUAGAAAUAUGGGCGGAUGAGCACAUUAGGGCUCAACUGUCGAGCACCCACAAAAAUGCUGAAAUUUUCGGAAUUUUCAGCAAACAGAUGAGAGCGCGCGAUUUUCAGCGGUCAGUUGAACAAAAAAACUUCGACAGCAAUAUAUCAAAGAAGCCUGAUGUGGAUCCUGUGGACAUAGUGGAGUCACAUGAAAACACGAUGGAGGCUCCCCCACAUGUUAACACCGAGACCGAAGCUAAUGUUCCUGGGCCAUCUGCAUCACAAGAUGUGAAAAUGUUAACAAUUAUAGUUAUUGUGCUCCACUCUAUUACAGAAGAGGAGGCAGAUACUAGCUUGGAUAGUAGCGUCUCAUCAGCUCAGGAGAGUGAACCCACCUCGGCCAGUGUGAGACUUGAGAUACCUGGGGCCAAUUCAAGGAAAAGAAAAACAAAGACCAGAGGACGUGAUGACGACUUCACCAAAUACAUGGCGGAGAGUAAGAAAGUUUUGGAGGAAAUGAGAGAGGCAGAGACCAGGCAGCUCGAACAGGAUCAGGCUCUACAGGAGAAGAUGCUCAAUGCUCAACAGGAAGCGGAUGAGAGAAGAUUCAAUGCCCUGAUGACCCUGCUGCAGUCUCAGCAACAGGCCUCUAAUCAGCUCAUUGCACAGCUUUUUUCGCAGCUUAUAAAUAAGGUGCCCACUCAGGCUCCUGCUUCUUCUUCAUCCUGGUCUGGUGUUCCAUCUCAUCAGAGCUCCCCUCAUCUUCCACACAGCACCCACCAUCAGCUGCCACCUUCUGAAGCCGCACCAUAUCACAACACAAAUCCAGAAUAUUACAACCUUUAAGACGUACCGUAUAUGUAACAUGUCGUUUUAGAGGUCUGUUACAAGUUGUUUUUGCUAGACCUGACUGUUAUGCCAUGCAUAAUUGCACAUUUGUACAGUAUUUUUUUUAAAAUCAGGACUUUUACCUGUGUUAAAUGUUUACAAAAAGUUGUUCAUGGUUGUACAUUUGUCUAUGCAGCACUUUACUGUGGAUAAAUGCUAAUUUUGUAAUUGUUGUCAUUGACAAACCAAGCAAAUAAAGGUUCUUGCACAUUUAAAUGUUUUUUUAUUCAUGGGACUUGAAUCACACAGGUGGGAGAUAUUUGCUAAAACCUCAUAACAUUUUUAUUAAGACAAUCUGACAAUAUAUUUGGGAAUUCAAAAAGGGCAUAAACUUUAACAUUUGUAGUAUCAAAAAUAUGAAUUGACCACACAAAUACAAACGUGCAAUUUAUUAACUUUGAAUCAGCUGAAUCAUGAAAAAGUAUAAAAUUUUCUCAUUUGGUAAAAAAAAAGUUAUAUCUUCAACAUGUUGCCAUCAACAAUUAGCUGAAAGAAUUCAUUAAUCAAUCAAUUGGACAAAAACAGUGAAAAGUUUGAG